UGUGGAAUGUGUAAUGAAUUGUGCUCAAUAAUCUGCUACACAUUGCUUGCUGAGGUUGGAAAGCGAGAGAGCAAAGCGAUAGACAGAGUGUCAGCCAGAGAACGGUAUCGGGCUCUAGUGAUGACAGCCAGCGAUGCGGCCGUGGGCUGCUGCUCUCUCUUGUUCUGGACUAUCACGUGUAUUGUAGCUGUGCCGCAGACGAUGGCUGAUUCGUAUCAUGUUGAAACUGCUGUAGGAAAAAGUGAACCUGUCUCUUCCAAAAGUGGCAUUCUUAACAGCAAUGGAAGUAUGCUUAAUCACCUGCUCGUAGGAGGGGGCACUGCUACUGUGGAGUGUCACAGUGUGGUGCAGCUAAAUGGGACCCAGUGGUGUUCAUUUGUGAAAACAACAGAAGACUGCAAACUGGAUAGUGGCUUUAUUGACUACCUCCAGGGGGCUGUCUGUGGGUUUCACCACAAUCUGCUACCAUUGGCCAUUUUGUUGUGUGCUAUUUGGUUGAUCUAUCUAUUUGUGUUUCUUGGGACAACAGCCGAAUUAUUUUUUUGUCCUAAUCUGGCGGCCAUUGCUGCAAGUUUAAAGUUGUCACAUAAUGUGGCAGGUGUGACUUUUCUUGCUCUGGGUAAUGGAGCUCCUGAUGUAUUCAGUGCAAUAGCAGCCUUUUCUGAUCCAAGGACAGCAAACCUGGCAAUUGGAGCUUUGUUUGGUGCUGGCAUUUUUGUGACCACUGUUGUUGCUGGUGGUGUUGCCCUUGCAAAUCCAUUUAUAGUUGCAUCAAGGCCCUUCCUUCGAGAUGUGAUAUUCUACAUGGCCGCAGUCUUCUGGACCUUUCUAGUCCUCUACUUUGGGAGAAUUGAUUUGGGACAAGCACUUGGUUACAUCGCUCUGUAUGUUGUAUAUGUAUUAACGGUGAUCAUAAGCAGCCUAAUUUACCAAAAGCACAAAAACCAAGAACCUGCUUCCCUCUAUAGCUGUCAGUCUGAAAUGUGUGAUGCAGAGGAUACAAAUCCACCCUGUAUUAGGACACCUUCCCAUGAAGAUGCAAGCGAGUAUCAGCCUUUGAUUGGAACAGAAGAAUCCAAAUCUACAAAAUCCAUUUUGUUGGACUCUAUCAACCCCAUUGACUUUCAGAAAUGGAGGAGGAAACGCUUGCCCUGGAAAAUCUUUAAAUGUUUGAUGCUGCCAAUUGAGUUUUUCCUUCUAAUCUGCAUACCUGUGGUGGAUUCAGACCAGGAGGACCAUAACUGGAAACGCCCUUUGAACUGUCUACAAGUUGUUACUGGCUCGGUUGUCUGCAUCUUUGCAUUUAAAUCUGGCUAUUAUGGCUUACUGCGCAUCAAUGAUCAAUUUCCUGUCUGGGCCCUCGUUUUGCUGAUUUCCUUAAUUAUAGCCACGCUGAUUUUCUUCACCACAAAGAAUGAGGAACCACCAAAAUAUCACUGUGUAUUUUCUUUUGUUGGGUUUCUCUUCAGUACCAUACUGAUUAACACUGUAGCCACAGAGGUUGUGAACCUCUUGCGGGCCUUUGGAAUAAUUUUUAACCUGAGUAAUACGGUUUUGGGACUAACACUACUAGCCUGGGGAAACAGUGUUGGAGAUUUAUUCUCUGACAUCACACUAGCCCGACAGGGGUACCAACGUAUGGCUAUUGCUGCGUGUUUUGGUGGAAUAAUAUUUAAUAUGCUGUUUGGCAUUGGCCUAAGUUCCUUAAUUCAAAUGCCGUACAAUAAUUACGUCCUUGAGAUCAAGUGUGAUGGCCUCCUGGAUUGGGUUCUAGUCGGAUCAUUAGGCUUGAGUCUUGCCAUGUCGUUUAUAUCAAUCCCAGUUCAACGGUUUAAACUUGGAAAAGCAUAUGGUGGUAUUCUGGUCUCUUUCUACUUCAUAUUUAUCGUAGUAGCACUAUUAACUGAAGCUGGCAUUAUACAUCUUUAAAAUAUAGCAUCCUUGGUAUGCACUGAAAAUUAAUUGUCACUUACACCAUCUAUAAAUGUAUUUUUGUUUAAACAUGGUUUGUCAGGAGCUGGAAGCCAACUUUGUUAUAUUGUACACACCAAUGUAUUGCUUAUUAAAAUCUCUUUUAAAUUUUUUUCAUGUUUCCUAAUGCCCACUUUGGAAAAUGGGAAUGAAUGGAAAAUAUUAUCAAUCUCCAAGUCUCCUGCUGCUUAUGGUUCCCUUCAAAGCUAAUGACUAGAAGGUGCAGAAUGUGAAAUGUUUUGCUGUAACAAACUUCUUCAGGAGUUCAAAACUCCUGUCUUUCCUUCCUUCCACUGCGUGCACAUGCCAUAGCUUCAGCCACAAGCGUCACAGUUGGGAUUCGUUCUUGUUUUUCUUUUCCUCCUUUCCCUUCUAUCAUGACACACUGAUUUUUAAGCUUGAGUAGUAACUUAAAGUUUAGUAUUAUGUUGUAUGGAUAAACAGACACACUUUUUGCACUGUUGUAUACAACUGAUCUCUCUCUUAAGUUACCUCAUCUGACAGUCUGUACAUAUACACCUUAUAGUAAUGACAGGAUAUUCUUUUGUCCUAGUGUUUUAAAUAGCAUUUACAAGCCAUUUGUGACUCUAGAAAAGUGUAUUUUGUGUUCAGUGAUACACUUUGU